AUGAUCGAUAUACAACGCAGAGUAGGAUACGUCGCAACGGCAGCCGCCAUCCUCGCCAUCGCCGGCCUGGUUUGGUGGAGGACAAGAAACGAGCGCGAUACGAGGCAAGACGACAAAGACGACGAGCUUCCCGCCCCUGUCACGUCCUUAGAGCACAUCCUCAGCGAACCCUGCAGUCAGACUGAAAAGCGCAUCGAUGGAACUCAGACUCAGACUAAAACUGAGACUGAGGUUUCCACAGCAGCUCAGACCGCCACGUCGACCGCAACACACCUGCCAGAAUUGAUUGAUAUAUCCUGCGAAGACGCCGAGAGUCGCUCGAUGGACGCGGAAGCCUCGGAAGACGACAGCGAGGCUUCGGGAUCCCAUCCAAGCACCACAAAUGCGGUUGUCACCCCGUCGCCGACCAUUGAAGUGCAUGAGGAGGAGGAAAAUUUGUUCCAGCUGGACGGCACCGACACGCUGCCUGCCGCUGUUACGGAGCCUGUGCUUCGUUCAUCUGCUUCGUCUCACAGUAUCGCCAGCAGCAUUCGAUCGUCCACACUCGAUGCUGUGCCUCCGGAAGACACCGGCCGUGACUUCACCAGCUCGCCAAUGGUUUUCCCUUCCGCUUCGGUCUUGAAAGUCGAAUCGAAAGACUUACUGAAUUUACACCCCAGCGGCCUUGGCAACGACUCCGACACGCCCACCCCUGCCGCCGCCGCAGAUGCACCUGAGCCAUUGGGAUCUGCUAGCGACAUCAAGAGAGAGGAAUCCGCAAAUGUGCAAUCCCUGUCCGGCCUUCCAACCGACGUUGCUGCUCUCCCAGCGAAGAAACCUCUACCAAAUCUCGCUAUAACCAUCCCGCCGCUGCGCCCCGAGCGCACCGUCACAGCGACCCUCGAAGUUUGGAGCACGUCCCCCGAUUCCCCCAACUGGGAGGACGAUGAAGAAGUGAUACUUACGAUCACAUCACCAAUUGACGAGGACGACGAAAAGGAGGUGCCGAGUCCCGUCGACCCUAGUCUUCUGUCGCCUGAUAUUUGUCGAGAAAUGUAUAAAACGAGAUAUGAGGCGCGGCAAGAUGCAGAUGGGAAUUUUGGGGGGGAGGAGGUGUUGAUCGAAGGGUACUAUGAUGAAGACGGGGAAUUCGUUGAAGCGGUAUAUGAUGAUGUGAUGUACGGGGAUUCUGGGGAUUUCGAUGGACAAAUGCACGGGGACUUCGAGGUGGAUGAGGCAGGGGAGCCUGUAAACGACGCGGACGUGGGCAUCUUGAAGCAUUCGCAGUCGGCUGACUUUGCAGAAGACAAGGCAGGGGGCCUCUUUGACGAGGAAGACGUGCAUCCAUUGAAGCAUUCGCAGUCGGCGCCCGCUGGCUGCCCUAUAUACGCAGUUGUGGAGCAUCCUUACCUUGAGGAAUGCGAAGAUGUCGAAGACCACAUCAACAGCGCCGCCGCAGCCACUGCCGGAGAAGGAACCGAGACCGACGCAACCCCGGCCGCCGCCAUCGAGAGCGAUCUCAGCAUGCCCGAGGAGCUGCAGUGCGAACGGCCGCAAUCAGCAGCAGCCGGAACCGCGACCGAAACCCGCCCGGGGAAGUCGCGCCUCAACCCUGCCGCAAAUGCCUUCGUUCCUGUGUUCUCCACGCCCAUCCCCACUGCGCAUCCCAUCUUCACCGCGCCGUCCUACGCCCCAUCGGUCGAGGCACACACAUACUCCACGUACCCGUACUUGCAAAGCGAUGCUUACAGCUCGCAAACCUUCGGCAUGACCGCGCGUGAACAAAACUCAGCGAGCGACAUCUUCCACUUGCGAAACGAGCCCCAGCAGCAGUCGACCCACCACGUCGGCUCAAAGCUGAACCCGAACGCGACAGAGUUUAUCCCAGGCGGGGUGGUCGCGUCCGUUCUCGCGCCGUCUGCGCCCGCUUUCACACCUCGCCGCAGCACCCAAAGCCGCCCGCCAUCCCGCAAGGCAGCACCCACCACACCACAAUGCAUCUUUGGGACAUCCUGCGCAAACAAGUCGAAUUGCGCGUACGCGCACGGAGUUUUGUGUCGAUACUAUCCAUCAUGCAAAUACGGGGCCAUGUGCAAGUACAUCCAUCCAGAACCACCGGCUCCUACGCCCGUCAAUGGUAGGACGGUGGGGGUGGUUGAGUUGUGA